AUGUGCGGGACGCCGGAUGCCGUCGGGCUCAAAAUUGACGGACUGUCAAUGGGCCGGCCAAAAUUUGCGGGACCAGCAGGCGCCGAUCCCGACCACGCUGGCGCCGGCCCGGUGCGGUCAACCCUCCUCCAGCCCCGCGUCGCCGUCGCCCUGGGCGUGUCCAAGAAAUGGUACCCUCUCCUCUUUCUCUGCCGCCUGGCGUCGAUCGCCCCCGGCGCGCUCUUCGGUCUGCCCAACGUUCUUCGGUUGUUGACGACGCUACAUCUCAUGUAUCUCGACCGCGUCCUCGACGGCGGCACUCUCAGCAAGCUUGGGCGAGGCGGAGGCGGCUCCUCGCCGACGUCGGGCUACGAUGCGGCCUUUGAAGCCAGGCUGCGGCUCACCGAAACAUUGCUGGCCACCAUAUGGUGCUGCGCCUCGGGCUACCUCUCCUUCUUCUUCACCGACUGCCUGAUGUCGCGCUGGCUGCUGCACUACACGCCGCAGGCGACCAUCGUGCGGCUGCUCACCGUCGACGCCAUCAACGGCUACCUCACCUCCUGGGUCCUGCAGCUGACCGGCGGGUUCGACGACCCGCGGCUGAUCCUCCCCGCCUGGAUCGUCAUUUCUACUACGUUGACGGUGCUGUACCACAUCACCCAGCGCAAGAUCAACAUCCGCAAGGAGACUUCCAUGUCCAUCAGUGUGUUUUCCAUCGCCAGUUUCGUCAGCAUGGUAGCCCUGCUGGCCCAGCUUCACUCGAACCGGACCGACUACCCGGACAUUCCGCUGCUUAAUUUCGUCAGACGAGCGUUCCACGAGGCCGAAAAGCUGGCUAUGCGUAUCAUGGAGUAUGGCGAUAUCACGAGGGAGCUUUAA